AUGCCGACUGCGGAUAAUGUAUUCCGGCGGUUUGAAAUUGAACUGCACGCGGGCCGUGAGCCGGUGUUUCAUGGUGGCGAGCUGAUCACCGGCAAUCUGAAAAUUGAACUGAAACAACCGAUGACAAUACAGGCUAUUAAGCUACAGUUUAAAGGACGCGCCGCAUGCACAACCAGCGAUUCCUCGAAAGGUGCAGAGAUUGAAAAGGUAUAUUUCGACAAAGAUUUUACACUGCUAGAACGGCCACCGGGCAGGCCGGAGCCCGGACACUUCCCGUGGAUUGCUGAUUUCCUGUACAGCCUGCCUUUCGAGUGUCCGCUACCAAUUGGUUGUCCAACUUCGUACGAAAAUCCUCACGGCUUCAUCCGUUACUUCAUUCGUGCUACUGUUGUUGAAGAGGCUAAAGCCGAAUCGCGUGAAUACGUAGCCAAGAAGCCGCUCUCGGUAAUCGCUCCAGUGGAAUCGCUGGCAGAAGCGAGCAGUCAUCCGGUGGGCGCCUCCGAAACAGUAUCAUUUGGAGGCUGCUGCUGCCGUGGAAAGCUAACUGCCGAUGUGCAGAUACCGAAAUCUGCGUAUGCACCCGGUGAAGCAGUGAUCGGCUCAAUAAAAAUCGAUAACCGACACCCAAGGCAUAUCGUCGAUCAAGUAAAACUUCUUUUAUACAUGUCAUACCUACGGUUUUUAUGCGUUUUUGCAUAAUA